UAUAAGAACAUCCUGUUUGGUGUUAGUCACGUGAUUACAGACAUUAGCCCCUCUGACGCUUCAACUAACGAAAGACAAGACUUUUCUUCCUCAAUCAUUGUGUUUCAAUCUUAAACUAAUCCCUUACAUCUCACUGUACCAAACUCACAUGCUCCACAAACCAUCACCUAACACGUAUCCUCAACGAACCCACUAUCCACUCAGAUUUCAAUUAUUAUGGCAUUACGCAGAAACCAAAGAAUUUCAAACCGAUUCAAACCGGUAAACGUUUCAACUCGCAGACUUCUUUUUAAGAGUCUUUACCUGUUAAUGGCGGCUCUUUAAAUCUUCUUCUCACCUUCAGUCAAAUUAUCAGAACGUGCUCUGUCUUUCUCAUCAUCAUCAAAACCCCAAAAAAUUCGCCAAAUUCCCAUUUCCAGAGUCUCUAAUGGAACCAACACUUCAAGCAAUACUAGCUGCAGGAGCUAGUUUUCUUGCAGUGAUGUUCAUCUUAGCAGGUAUAUUUCUUCUUUGUAAAACAACCACGACAGUACCUCCUCAUCCAGAUCAGCAACCGCGUAACCGGAACCGUAACGGUACUCGUGCUGAUCGGGAUCAAAAUUGCGUCUCAAUUACGAUUGAUGAAAGUGCCACAUAUGAUCCUACACUAGAUAGGAUUUCAAUGCCUGAAUUGAUUAAAGCAACAAGGAAUUUCUCGCCGAAUAAAAUCGUAGGCGAUGGGAGUUUCGGUCUGGUUUACAAAGCAAGAUUAUCUAAUGGUACUAACGUUGCUGUUAAGAAACUAAGUAGUGAUGCUUUUCAAGGAUUCCGUGAAUUCCAGGCUGAAAUGGAAACAUUAGGUAAGAAUAUCCGGCACCGUAAUCUUGUUAGAAUUCUUGGUUAUUGUGUUUCUGGUGAUGAUAGGAUUUUGAUUUAUGAGUUCAUUGAGAAAGGGAGUCUAGAUCAAUGGUUGCACCAUACUUCGUCUUCGUUUGAAGAAGAUGAAGAACAUAAGAUUGAUAUUCAUCCAUUGACUUGGGAGAUUAGGGUGAAGAUCAUUAGAGGUGUAGCUGAUGGAUUGUUUUAUUUACAUACUUUAAAAACUCCAAUUAUACAUAGAGAUAUUAAAGCUAGUAAUGUGCUGCUAGAUAAUGAGUUUGAAGCUCAUAUUGCUGAUUUUGGAUUGGCACGCCGUGUUAAUGCGUUGCAUUCGCACGUAUCGACGCAAGUUGCCGGUACGUUUGGGUAUAUGCCACCUGAAUAUAAGGAUGGGGUUACGGUUGCUACUGUUAAGGCAGAUGUUUAUAGUUUUGGUAUUUUGAUGAUUGAAGUAGCUACUGGGAAGCGUCCGAAUUUGCCUAUUAAAAUUGAAACGGGAAAGGAAAUUGGGUUAGUUCCAUGGGCGCAGAAAAUGUUGAAGGAGAAACGGCAUUUGGAGAUUGUUGAUGAAUCAAUAGGGAAAAAAGGGUUGAAAGAAAAGGAAAUUGGGGAGUUCUUGAGGAUUGCUUGUUUAUGUACUAGUGACAGUCAUAAAGAUAGACCUGUCAUGGAAGAUGUUGUCAAGAUGUUGGAUUUCUUCAAUUAGAUUGUUUUUCUGCAAUGUAAUGUGACUAGAUGUCUUUGUAAAUCGCCAAAAUUCAGCGUUUUCUUUUGUAAUUUGGAUCCUAUUUAUCCAUUAGAAAUAACAUUAAUGCAAUGUAGGGUUUGUUUACAUAUGCUUUGAAAAUGCGUGGCCUUCCUCCAUGAGCCUGUGUAAUUUCUACAGAUUUAUUCUAUUACUGCAGGUGUUUUGAUUA